GCUCUGACAUAUAUAACCUAUAAUCUAAUGCAUAGUUUCGCCAUUUUGCGAAAACAUCUUGCGAGACUUCUACACCUGAACAUAUGAUGUGAUCGAUAGAUCGAUUCUCGUUUCGAAAUAUGUAAUGUGAGUUUGGAAGAGAGUGAACUGCAAUUAUAUGUUUAAUGUUGGCGAUAGGUGUAAGUAAUACCGUGCAUUUUAAUUUCGUUGUAUGAGUUUGAAGAAAGAAGAUGCCCAAAAAGAAGACAGGUCAGCGUAAAAAGGCUGAGAAGCAGAAGCUACGACAAAAGGAGAUUAGAACGGCCAAGGAUAAUUUGACCUUAGCCAAGUACCCGUGCAAUGCACCUAUGGAAUGUGAAAAAUGUCGUAGGAAGCAAAAGAAUCGUGCAUUCUGUUACUUUUGCCAAAGUGUCCAGCGACUUCCUCAGUGUGCACAUUGUGGGAAAAUUAAGUGUAUGCUAAAGACUGGAGACUGUGUGAUAAGGCAUCCAGGUAUUUUCACAACAGGCUUUGGCAUGGUGGGAGCCAUUUGUGACUACUGUGAAGCAUGGGUGUGUCAUGGUCGUCGGUGCCUCACCACACAUGCUUGCACAUGCCCUCUGCAGGAUGCCAUAUGUGCUGAAUGUGAGCGCCAAGUGUGGGAUCAUGGUGGGCGCAUCUUUCGUUGUUCAUUUUGUACAAGCUUCUUGUGUGAAGAUGAUCAGUUUGAACAUCAGGCAUCUUGUCAGGUCUUGGAAUCUGAAACUUUUAAAUGUCAGUCAUGUAACAAAUUAGGACAGUAUUCUUGUCUACGCUGCAAGACUUGUUACUGUGAAGAUCAUGUUCGCCGACGGGGUUUUAAGUAUGAAAAGAACAAACCGAUUCCCUGUCCGAAGUGUGGAUAUGAGACUUCACAAACAAAGGAUCUUAGCAUGUCCACUCGAAGCCACAAAUUUGGUCGUCAGGGUCAGGCAGACUUGGAUGAAGAUGACGGUGAUGAUGAUGAUGGAGGAGGAGGGUUCUCUGGAGGGUACAAUGGAUAUGCAGAAGGAACAGGAGACCUGGCAGAUUCUGGUUCUGACGAUGAUGAUGAUGAUGAUGAUUAUGAGGAGUCUGAAGAAGAGUCGGAUGAAGAAGGUGAUGCGGCUGAAGAAGAAACAGCAACAUAGUACAGAGUUUUGCCAGAGAACUUUCACAGUGACUUUCUGCACUUGAGUUUUGUGCUCAGCAAGUGGGCUGGCUUUUCUGUUUAUGCUUUUAUGUACUGCUCUCUUGCUUGUUUGGCUUAUGGGGAGAAUAGUGAACAUAGGCUUUGGUUCACACACAGCAGCUGUGACCACUUAAUACCAAGAAAAAUAAUAAUACUUGUGAAUUAUGAGCAUGGUUAAACCCCACAUUUCACAAAACUGAAGGCUUAUUUCUUGUCUGUUCAAUUGGUUGUAUUUCUUAAGUUAAAAAUUGAACUACAGAAAUUAGUUUGAAGCUCUGUGAUGUCUAAAUUACUCAUAUUUUUUUUGCUUAUAUUAUGUUGUUUAUUUUCAGAGUUUGUAUAUAGCAGAAGCAUUGACAAGAAAAGUUCUGAUGUUGCUGAAAUUGAAGGAUUGAGCAAAAAAUAAUUAAAUAAAUACAAUUUAUUAUAUCAUA